CUUUGGUCACAGACUCAUGUCACUUCCUAAUGAAGAAAACACAUCACAUUCACAGCUUAUCCUGGGCUUGUCUGAUGGUGGUGGUGGUAGUCUUCAACGAUAUUCUAUAUUUCCCAUGCGUAGAAGCCCUUGAUGAGGUGGAACAUCAAAUUUCUUAUAUGUAUGGAAUUCAAACCUGAGCAUCCAAUUAAUGGGGGAAAAAAUCGAGCAUCCAAUGGCUAUAUACGAAACAUUCUUGUAUAAUGCUCGCAUCCCAUUUUUUCUGGGAUAUCCUAGAUUCCAUCAUUGUUGAUGUGGCAUCUGAGUAUCACAGAAUAGCAAGGCUGGGUCUUGAUCAUAAUCUAGAAGAGGAGGAAGAAGAAAUGAAGUUGUCAGCACAAGCCAGAGCCCGGGUUGCUGAUUCUAGUAACAAUAACGAAAUAAAUGGAAAGUAUGUGGUUGACAUAUUUGGACAAACCCAUCCUUCAGUUGCCAGUGAAGUAUUUGAGUGCAUGAAUUGUGGUCGGUCUAUCGCUGCUGGGAGGUUUGCUCCUCAUUUGGAGAAAUGCAUGGGAAAGGGCAGGAAAGCUCGUCCAAAAGUAACAAGAAGUAGCACAGCACAGAGCCGGCAUUCGCGAGGCAAUCAAGCUCCAACAUAUUCCCCUUACUCAAGUUCCUCUGGUGCGAAUCGGCUAGCGAAUGGAAACUCUGGUGUUGCAGGUGAGGAGCACUCAAAUGGGACGUUUGAACCAUGAUGCAUAGAAAAACAGUGCGGUACAAUAGUUGGCAGAUUAACGCCAAGGAUGGUUGCAAUCCAUGCACAACAUGGUCUGUCGAGGCUUUGCCCAAGCCUGAACCUGUUUUAUUGGGAGGUAUAGUCAUGUCAUGGUUUAUGCUGACAUUCUGGAGUUUGAGAAUGAGGAUCGUACAUGUCCAUGGCAAUGUCCAACUUUACAGAGACUGAUAAUUCGCGUUUGCAACAGAUAAAAGAAUGAAGUUUGACAGCUAUGGAUUUUGUCCCCCCCCCCCCAACAAAAAAAAACAUUAAGUUAUACAUUUACUAAACCUAAAAUGAGAUUGAUUCCCCUUGAUAGAAAUUCACUGGGGCUUGAUACCACUUUAAUCUAGAGUGAAAUCAUAUUUUCCAUUUCAAA